AUGGCUGACCACGCCGGACGCGACCACCAAGAAUCGAUGUACUGCCAUGCCUGUCACCAUCAGUGGCAGCGGCAAGGCGAAACCAUCGAAUGCCCAAUGUGCGGCAGCGCAUCCACCGAAAUUGUCACUCCAGAGAAUGAUCCCCGCCACUUCCACAGACCGCAGCGGGAGGGGAGUACGUCUAGCAGUGUGCCUGACGCUGCUCCAAUAGCUGCCCACAACCCCACAGCUGCAGCGGAGUCGACGGAUAGAACAAGCCCGCGCGCCGAUUCCCCGAAUACCUCAAGCAACAACAACCCAGAUGGCCCCGGAGCGCGCCCGGCUGGCGAUGAACAACGCCAUGGGCACCGUCGAAACGGCCCCCCGAAUAUCACCUUUAUCACCAUCGUCUCCGACCCCGGGCAUGCACAUGCUCCGCUGAUGCCGCCGUGGAUAGACUUCUACAACUUGCGCUUUAUUGUCCCGCCCUUCCAAGGGCCGCCUCCGCCUCCACCGACUGGAAACAACAGUACCCCAGUUGGCCCAGAGGUUCAACCACAACCACAACCACAGCAGCAGCAGGCACCCCAGCAACCACAACAGGCAACCCAGCAACCACAGCAGCCACCGCAACAGCCACAGCCACAAUCACAGCCGCACAAUGUGCCCCCUCGACCAACAACCCCUUACGUCGCACCCGCGGUCUUCCCUGGGGUGCUCAUCGGCAGGCUGUUCGCCUCGCUAUUCGACCCGACUGCCGCCGUUUUUGGCGACGCCGUCUUCACCCAAGAAGCGCUGGACCAGGUCAUAGCCCAGCUCGGCGAACAGCACCAGGCGCGCGGGCCACCGCCCGCGUCCGAACCAGCCCUCGAGAAGCUGCAAUCGCGCGUUCGGGAGCUGGACGAGAAGAUGCUGGCCAAGGCGGGCUGUUCCGAAGGAAAGGCCAAGUGCGUAAUUUGUGUCGACGACAUGGCCGCAGGCGAGAAAGUGUCGGUGCUGCCGUGCAGCCAUUUCUUCCACGGCGACUGCGUGCUCCCGUGGCUGAAGCUGCACAAUACCUGCCCUGUAUGCAGAAGAUCGGUGGAAGAGGAGGAGCAGGGGAAGGGCGACCCUGCAAAGCCCGUGGUGCCGCCUGCAGUAGGGGUCGAUGCCCCCAUGGAUACAUCGGAGGAUAAUACCGUGCCUUUGACUCCUAUGGACCUUGAUUGA